AUGCUGGGGGAUGUGGGAUGUGGUAGUGUAGACUCGGGCUGAACGAAACUGUUGCUACUGUUGCUGUUAUGGUAACGACAUCAAUCUCAGCUUGUAAUGAUAUUACGGAUAGCUUUAAUGGAAGUAGAAUAGUUUAUAUCGAACCGUGAACCGCACAAGUUGCACAUUUUCGACUCGACGGUGUGAAAACUUUUUUUUACGAAAUUCAAAGUUUUUUUUUCUUAAAUUACUUAACUGUUUUUUUUUUGGUGUUUUUUUUUUCUGUUCAAAAAUUCAAUAUGAACGGUAACGCUAGCACGACCGGUAAAUCUUUACCGAUGGCUAUAAAUAAUAAUAAAAAAAUCGUUUCGAAUUUAACUAAUCUUAAAAAACAAACCUCUUGGCAAGAAGAUUUAACCGAAAAUGAUAUCGAUGUGCCUGGAACACCGAGAACUCCCAGGACUUCUACGACGCCAGGUAAAAUAGGUCACGAGAAAUGUACAUUUCACCAUGAUUUGGAGUUAGACCAUCAACCGCCGACCAGGGAAGCUCUUCUGCCGGAUAUGGCUCGUGCGUACAGAUUACUCUUAACAUCAUUAGGAGAAAACCCAAACAGACAAGGUUUACUCAAGACCCCGGAAAGGGCUGCCAAAGCAAUGUUAUUUUUCACCAAAGGAUACGACCAAACUCUCGAAGAUGUUCUAAACGAUGCCAUAUUUGACGAAGAACACGACGAAAUGGUCGUCGUAAAAGAUAUCGAAAUGUUUUCCAUGUGCGAACAUCAUCUUGUGCCAUUCUAUGGAAAAGUCUCCAUCGGUUACCUGCCAAAAAAUAAAAUUCUAGGGUUGAGUAAGUUGGCCAGGAUCGUAGAAAUUUUCAGCCGAAGACUUCAAGUCCAAGAACGUCUCACGAAGCAAAUAGCCAUCGCUGUCACAAAAGCUGUGCAACCUACCGGUGUUGGAGUCGUCGUCGAAGGCGUGCAUAUGUGCAUGGUGAUGAGAGGAGUGCAGAAAAUUAACAGUAAAACUGUAACGUCAACUAUGCUCGGUGAAUUCAGAGAUGAUCCAAAAACCAGAGAAGAGUUUUUGAACUUGGUCCACUCGAAAUGAUAUACAACGGCAUCACAUUCGAAAUGUCAAGGUGAAGAAAUCCCCAUUCCAAUAAAAAGACAAUAAUAAAACGGACAAUAAUAUGAAAUACAUAUUAAAUUUAGAAGUAGCAGCUUCAUUUUAAUCGUUUUCCUCGCAAAUUAUCUUCUAUGUUUUCUUCCCACUUCGUAUGUACUAAGAUUAUACAUGAAAAUGAAUAACCUUUUGUUGUAAUUUUUAAGAAAUAUUAAUCAAUAUGUUACCAUGUAUUUUUUAAAUACACGCUUUUGUAUUAUUAUUAUUCGUUAUGUGAAGCUUUUCAAAUGGACCAAUUAUUUUAAAAUAUAUUCGCUUAAUGUGUUUCAGAAA